CUCUGGUCCUGGUCUCGCUCGCGCAGCCUCCUCCGGUCGUCGCCAUGGUGCAGAUGAUGGAGUCUCAGUGCGAGUAUUUCAUGUAUUUCCCGGCGGUACCGAUCACAGACCUGUCGGACCCGGCCCGGUACCGCAGCCUGCCCCGCCGGAGCCACCUCUUCUUGGGCGAGACGGUCCGCUUCCUGCUGGUUCUUCGCUGCCGGGACCCGGGGGGGACUCCGACCGAGCAGGGCCCUGAUGGUGCUGAUGGAGUUCCUGCAGGUUUCGGGUCAGAAUCUGUCAGUUGUCGUGCGUGGAGGGAGCUGGCCGGUACCCUGUGUGCUGUGGCCAGCGUGAGUCCAGGCGACAGCAGCCGGCACCGCAGUAACCAGCACCACCAAGACUACCAGAUCAGCGGGGAUGAGGACGGCGAGGACGAUUACAUGGCUGCGGCGGAGGCAGCCAUCGCAGCGCUGGGCAGCAGGGUAGACUCUCGCUGUCGGAGCUUCAGGGACUGCAAACCACUGCUCAUCCACAACUCGUCUGGGACCACCUCCAGGGAGUUCCGCAGGGCACCUGUUCAGUCUCCUCUGGACGAGCCGGUGGUUCUGACAGACGAAGUGAUCUUCCCUCUCACUGUCUCCCUGGACAAACUUCCUGUCAACACCCUGAAGGUUAAGGUGAUGGUGACGGUGUGGAAGAAGGAAGCGGAGAAGGUGGAGGUGCAGGAACUGGGGUACCUGAGCGUCCUGCAGCAGAGAGACCCAUCUCACACCUUCAGACACGAUCUGAACACCUUCAAAGCUCAGGUGAGCACCACGCUGACCGUCCUGCCGCCGCCGACCGUUCGCUGUAAACAGAUGACCGUCUCCGGGAGACACCUCGUCGUCCUCAAAGUUCUGAACGAAUCGUCCCAGGAGGAGGUGAAUGUUCGAGACGUUCGUAUUUUACCGAACCUGAACGCCUCGUACCUUCCCAUGAUGCCUGACGGCUCCGUGCUGCUGGUGGACAACGUUUGCCAUCAGUCCGGUGAGGUCGGCAUGGCGUCCUUCAGCCGCAUGGACAGCCCCGCCUGCCGCCUUCCCAACAUGCUCAGCGCUCUGGAGGAACACGACUUCCUGUUCCAGCUUCACCUGAACGAGACGCCGCAGGACGACUCCAACGAGGGCCUGGAGGUUCCUCUGGUCGCUGUGCUGCAGUGGUCAACUCCCAAGAUGCCUUUCACCAACUGUAUCUACACCCACUACAGGCUGCCCAGUAUCCGUUUGGACCGCCCGCGGUUUGUUAUGACCGCCAGCUGCCCGAGCACCGUCGCAGUGAAGGAGCGCUUCAAGGUCAAAUACGUUCUGCUGAACAACAUGCACGACUUCCUGGCCGUCCGGCUGGUUUGGACCCCUGAAGGUCGCGGUCAGGGCGAGGACGCGGCGCUGGCGGCUGUGGUUUGUCAUACGCCGCUCAACAACCUUGGCCACUGCCGCAGAGGAAGCACCCUGUCCUUCAGCGUCGCCUUCCAGAUCCUCAAACCAGGACUGUACGAGCUGAGUCAACACAUGAAGUUGAAGCUUCAGUUCACAGCGUCUGCUUCCACCGCCCCGCCCGACGCCCGACCGCUGUCACGUAAAAACAGCCCGUCCAGCCCAGCGGUCCGGGACCUGCUGGACCGGCACCAGGCCAGUCUGGGUCGGUCUCAGUCCUUCUCGCACCAGCAGCCGUGCCGAUCCCACAUCAUGAGGACGGGCAGCGCCAUGGAGCGACGGGCCAUCACGCCUCCUGUUGGGUCUCCGGUGGGCCGGCCCCUUUACCUGGCGCCGCAGGACAAAACACUGCUGUCGCUGGACAAGAUCGCCAAGAGGGAGUGCAAAGUUCUGGUGGUGGAUCCGAUCAGCUAGAGAGUGACGACACACGGGACCAGAGGAUUUUAUCUGGACCCGCAAAGUCCACAAACUGAGCCGACAGGAGACGUUUGAUCCGGAUCAUAAACUAAUAAAAAUAACAAUCUGUCGCUCGUGAAGGCUUGAACAAAGAUGUAUUUAUUGUUGAAUUAUUUAUUAUUUAAUUAUUGUUUACAGGUUCUGACCCGUAUUAAGCUGUAGAGACACUUCCACAGAGGUUCUGUGCAAUUUGUCCCAAACUUACAGAGAAAA